GUGCCCUGUGAUGUCCGAGACGGUGCCUGCGGCCCCCGCAGAGCUUGGCCCAGUGUCUAUGGAGAGGCCUCCCGCCAAGAAGCGAGGGAAGAAGCAGGUGGGCCUCGCUCGCAAGGCUCCCAGCCCCUCAGUGUCCAAGCUGAUCACCGAGGCCCUCUCGGCGUCCCACGAGCGGGCGGGCAUGUCGCUGGCCGCGCUCAAGAAGGCGCUGGCGGCCGCCGGCUACGACGUGGAGAAGAACAACAGCCGCAUCAAGCUGGGCCUCAAGAGCCUGGUGAGCAAGGGCACCCUGGUGCAGACCAAGGGCACCGGCGCCUCGGGCUCCUUCAAGCUCAGCAAGAAGGCGGCCCCCGAGCCCGCCAAGCGCAAGGGCAAGAAGGCCGCUUCUGCCAAGGCCAAGAAGCUGGUCUUGUCCAGGGAGUCGAAGUCUCCGAAGAGCACCAAGGCCACCAAAAGGGCGCGGAAGCCGAGGACGACGACCGCCUCAAAAGUCGACAGGGCGGGCAGGAAGGCUGCAGGAGCCAAGGGCAAGCCGCCGCGGCAGAGCCCGGCCAAGGCCAGGGCGGGGAAGUCCGCGGCCGGCAGGGCCAAGCUGAGCAAGCAGAGAACCAACCCCAGGAAGACGGCGCCUAAGAAGUAAACCUGAAAGGCCAAUUUUCAGA